UGUACAUUUUCUUAUUUGCGUAUUAUUGCCAACAUGAGCUCCGAGAGCCAAUCCUUCUCGAUCGUCGAGCAAUCGAAAAUUUCACUCACAGGAAGCACAUUUACAAGCAACUUGUCUAUUCCUCCUGAGGUUUCAAAUCCAAUCAUCGAGCCUACACUUCCCUUUGUGGGUACAAUCCCUGGAGGCUUAAAACCAGAUACUGCUGUGUUGGUUCAGGGGGCUGUUCCUAACAAUUCCAAACUCUUUGAGAUAAAUUUCCAGAUAGGACAAUCUUAUGGUGAUGGUAUCGCAUUUCACUUCAACCCUCGCAUUACACUUAAAUAUGUUUACAUGAACACCCUCAGAAAUGGUAAAUGGGAAAAAGAUGAAACUGUUUAUGACAAGCCCAUCCCCAAAGAGACAUCUUUCAGUGUGUUGAUUCUCGCCAAGUCAGAGGGAUAUGAGGUUUACGUGAACGGUCUGUGGUACUAUCUGUACAAACAUCGCAUUCCUCUAGAGCAAGUUUCAGCACUUGGCAUUCGUGGAGAUGUUUCUAUUUCCAUCUGUGGGUUUAUCAAUAACUGGAGCAAAACGUCUCUAUGUAUGGAGCAAUCGAAAAUCACAGGCUUGGGGAGAUCGUUCUUGAAAAUGUUACCCAUCCCAUCAGAGCUUGAAAACCCAGUCAUUCAACCUAAAAUACCUUAUAGUGGUCCUAUUUCUGGAGGGAUAAAUCCAGGAAUGGCUCUGUUUAUCCAAGGGACUAUUAAUCCAUCUGGAAACCAGGUUUCAGUAGAUUUCAAAGAGAAGAGCACUGGUGCAAUCCCGUUUACUUUUAAUCCACGUAUUGGUCAAUAUGUGUACAUGAACACCUUCAGAAAUGGCAUCUGGGAAAAAGAGCAAUUAGUCGUAGAUAAGCCCUUCACCAAAGGAGGAACCUUCGGUAUACUGAUUGUUGUCCGUUCAGAUUGUUUCCAGAUCUUUGUAAAUGGGUGGGGACACUGCUCAUACACACACCGCAUGUAUUUGGGUAAAAUUACUACACUCAGCAUUUGGGGAGAUGCUUGUAUCCACUACUUUGGCUUUGCUUAUAACUGGUGCAGAUCACCUUUUUUUAAGGACCAAUUGAAAAUCACAGAUAAGGGUACCUCAGUCAAAAGUCCUUUAGUCAUCCCUUCUGAAAUUACAAAGGCAGUCAUCCAGCCUAAAAUCCCCUAUACUGGACCAAUAUCUGGACAGUUAAGACCCGGAAUGGCUCUGUAUGUCCGUGGAACUGUUCUUACAGAUGACUGCCAGUUUGGAAUCGCAUUUGGAGCGCGUAAAAAUACAUAUGAUGAGGAUUCUGACGUCCCUUUUGUUUUCAACCCGCGGUUUGAUCAGUACAUAUACCAGAGCAACUACAAGAAUAACGUCUGGAACAAAGAAGAGUUGGUCUAUGAUAAACCCUUCGUCAAAGGAGAAAAUUUUACUGUGGUGAUUGUCAUCCUUAAGGAAGGAUAUGAGGUUUAUGUGAAUGGAACAAGACACUCCUUGUUCAGGCAUCGUGACGCUUUACAAGACAUUGAAAGAAUUGGCAUUUGGGGAGGUGUUUCAGUCCUUUUCUUUGGUUUCCUUGAGGACUGGACUGCAUCAUCGUGCUUUAAGGAACUAUCAAAGACCAUAGCUGUGGGGAGUUCCCCCUUGAGUAUUUUUUCCAUCCCAUCUGAACUUUCAAACCUACUCAUCCAGCCUCAACUUCCCUACCGCGGACCAAUAAAUGUAGACAUAAAACCAGGAAUGGCUUUCUAUGCCGAAGGAACUGUUCUUGGAAAUGCCAAUGACUUUUUAAUAAAUUUCCUUGUAGGCCCAAGUACAACUGAUGACGUUCUAAUUACGUUUAACCCACGAAUCGGUCAGUACUUAUACCUGAACACCUACAGGAAUGGUGCCUGGGAAAAGGAGCAAUUGGCUGCUUAUCAACCUUUUAAUAAGGGAACGGCUUUCAACGUUCUGAUUGCAGUCACUCCUCAAUACUAUGAGAUGUAUGUGAAUGGAAAAAGACACAGCACGUACGCACACCGCAUUCCUUUUGAAAGAAUUAAAACACUUGUCAUUAUGGGGGAUGUCAAGAUCAACUUUUGUGGCUUUACCAAUAACUGGAGGAGGUCAUACACCUUAAAGUACCAACCACAACUCACAGAUGUAGGAAACACCUUCACAAGUCUGUUGCCAGUCCCAUCAGAACUUUUACAUGCAGUCAUCCAGCCUACAAUUCCUUAUGCGAAUACAAUCCAAGAAGGAUUAAAACCAAACAUGGCCGUGUUAUUCCAAGGUGUUCUUCCUGCACAUGCCCAAAGCUUUGAGAUUAAUUUUAAAACCGGGCAGUAUAUUGAUGACAGCUAUAAUGACAUCGCGUUUCAGUUCAACCCUCGCAUUGGACAAAACGUGUACAUGAACAGCUACAUAGCCGAGAGCUGGGGGAAGGAGGAAUGCGUCUCUGACAAGCCCUUUAUCAAGGGAGCAGCUUUCCAAUUAUUUAUCAUCAUCACAACUGAUGGAUUUGAGGUCUUCGUUAAUGGCAUGAGGCAUUGCAUGUUCAAGCACCGCUUUCCCCUAGAGAAAAUUACAACAUUAGGCAUUUGUGGGGACGUUUCCAUCCUUGUCUUUAGUUUUAUUGAUGACUGGAGCACACUGAACUUGAGCCAAUCAAAUAACAGAGUCAUGGGGAGUUUAGAUUCAAGACCAUCAUCUCUGCCAUUAGCGGUGACAGGUCCAUUCAUCCAGCCUACACUUCCUUAUGUGAGUAAAAUUGCAGGAGGAAUAAGACAAAAUAUGGCUUUGUACUUCCAAGGGAUUAUUCCUUUAAUUAGCAAAGGCUUUAAAAUAAAUUUAAAAACAGGGGAGUCUGAGACUGAUGACAUCGCUUUGCAAUUCAACCCCCACAGUGGUCAAUUUGUCGACCUGAACAGCUUCAAAAACGGUAGCUGGGGGAGGGGGAAAUGUGUUUCUUACAGUCCCUUCAGCAAGGGAGCAGGCUUCUAUAUGUUUAUUGUAAUCAAGUCAGACAACUAUCAGGUGUUUGUGAACGGCUUGCAGCACUCUACGUAUAAGCACUAUGUUCCUCUGGAGAAAAUUUCCACAAUUGAUAUCCGCGGUGAUGUUUCCAAACCAAUCUAUGGUUUAAUUGAUAACUGGAGCAGCACAUGCUUAUGUUUGGAUCAAUCAAGACUCACAGGCAUGGGGAACACGUUUUCAAGCCUGUUAAAUACCCCUGCAGAUCUGUCAUAUCUAGUCAUUCAGCCUACACUACCCCAUUUAGCCAGUGUACCCGGAGGAUUAAGAACAGAUAUGGCAGUAUACUUUCAAGGGGCUGUUCCUGCACAUGCUGUAAUCUUUGAGAUUAACUUCCAAACAGGUUGGUAUGCAGAGGGUGACCUCGCUUUUCACUUUAGCCCUCGCAUCGGGGAUUUCGUAUACUUGAACAGCUACAAAAAUGGCAAAUGGGAGAGCAAUGAAUCUGCCCCCAUCAAACCCUUUACAAAGGAAACCUCCUUUAAUAUGUUUGUUGUCAUCAAGUCAGAAGGCUAUGAGGUCUAUGUGAAUGGAUUGUUCUACUGUUUGUUCAAGCACCGCCAACCUAUAGAGAAUAUUUGUGCUAUUAGUAUAUAUGGAGAUGUUUCAAUCCCCAUCUAUGGAAUUAUUGAUAACUGGAGCAAAUCCUCUUUCAUUGCGGACCGAUCUAAAAUCACAGCCAAGGGGAGUCAAAGUCUGUUACCGCUACCAGCAGAGGUUUCACAGCCAAUAAUCCAGCCUGCACUUCCCUAUGUGGGUAAGAUCACAGGAGGGUUAAAGCCAGACAUGGCUGUGUUCUUCCAAGGGACUAUUCCUACACAUGCUAAAAGCUUUGAAAUAAAUUUCAAAACGGGACCGUCUGAUGGUGAUGACAUUGCAUUUCAUUUCAAUCCUCGCCUUGGAGCAUUUGUCUACCUAAACAGCUUCAGAAACGGUAGCUGGGAAAAAAGGGAACCAACACCGGAUAUACCCUUCCUUAGGGGAACAGCCUUAAAUAUGUUUGUUGUCAUCACCUCAGAGGGCUAUGAGGUCUAUGUGAAUGGCAUAAUUUAUUACAUCUUCAAGCAUCGCAUUCCUCUAGAGAAAGUUUCCAUACUUGCCAUUCGUGGAGAUGUUAUACUUCCCAUCUGUGGCAUUACUGGUAACUGGAAGACCUGUUCGUUCUGCACUAAAGGAACCACUAGCUCUACACCUGUCCCUAAAGAUGUUUCAUAUCUGAUCAGCAACCCUACACUUCCCUAUAUAACUGACUUCCCAGGAAAUUUAAAACAAGACAUGAUUAUACUUGUCCAAGGGACUGUUCCUGCAGAUGCCAAAAGCUUUGACAUAAAUUUCAAAACGGGGCCAUCUGAUAGAGAUGACAUCGCUUUAAAUUUCAACCCUCAAUUCGGUGAGUACGUCUACCUGAACACCGUCCGUAAUGGUACCUGGGAGAAGCAUGAAACUGCACCUGACAAACCUUUCAGCAAGGGAGCAGCUUUCCAAAUUCUUCUAGUCAUUAAAUCUGAGGGCUAUGAGGUCUACGUCAACGGCAUACUACUCUGCAUGUAUAAGCACCGUAUUCCUUUUCAGAAAGUUACAACACUUGCCAUUGGUGGAGAUGUUUCUCUUUCCAUCUGUGGUUUUAUUGAUAACUGGAUGAGCUCUUCCUUUUACCAACUUAUAGUGGCUUCAAGCCCUACACCCAUCCCUAAAGCUGUUACAUUUCCAAUCAGCAACCCUACACUUCCCUUUGUGGGUAAAAUCCAAGAAGGGAUACAACAAGAUGCAGCUUUACUUUUCCAAGGGACUGUUCCAGCAGAUGCCAAAAGUUUUGAAAUAAAUUUUAAAACGGGUCCGUCUGACAAGGAUGACAUCGCUUUCCAAUUCAAUCCUCGCUUUGGUCAAUACAUCUACCUGAACUCCUUUAGAAAUGGAAAGUGGGAGAAGGAGGAAACUGCCCCUGACACAUCCUUCACCAAGGGAGCACCCUUCCAAAUUAUUGUAGUCUUCAAAUCUGAGGGCUAUGAGGUGUAUGUGAAUGGCGUGAAAUGUUGCCUGUUCAAUCAUCGCAUCCCUCUAGAGAAAGUUUCAACACUUGGCUUUAGCGGCAAUGUUUCCAUGCCCAUGUGUGAUCUUAUUUCUAACUGGAAGACCUCUUCCUUUUACCAACUUAUAAUGGCUUUAAGCCCUACACCCAUCAUUAAAGCUGUUACAUUUCCAAUCAGCAACCCUACACUUCCCUUUGUGGGUAAAAUCCAAGAAGGGAUACAACAAGAUGCAGCUUUACUUUUCCAAGGAACUGUUCCAGCAGAUGCCAAAAGUUUUGAAAUAAAUUUUAAAACGGGUCCGUCUGACAAGGAUGACAUCGCUUUCCAAUUCAAUCCUCGCUUUGGUCAAUACAUCUACCUGAACUCCUUUAGAAAUGGAAAGUGGGAGAAGGAGGAAACUGCCCCUGACACAUCCUUCACCAAGGGAGCACCCUUCCAAAUUAUUAUAGUCUUCAAAUCUGAGGGCUAUGAGGUGUAUGUGAAUGGCGUGAAAUGUUGCCUGUUCAAUCAUCGCAUUCCUCUAGAGAAAGUUUCAACACUUGGCUUUAGCGGCAAUGUUUCCAUGCCCAUGUGUGAUCUUAUUUCUAACUGGAAGACCUCUCCCUUAUUCUCGGGUAUGGGUACCACAAGCACUACAACCAUACCUUUAGAGGUUGCUUAUGCAGUCAAAAACCCUACACUUCCCUAUAUGGGGAAUUUCCAAGGAAAGGUUAAACAAGACAUGGCUGUACUUUUCCAAGGGACUGUUCAAACAGACUGCAAAAGAUUUGAAAUAAAUUUCCAAACGGGGCAAGGUGUAAAUGAUGACGUUGCAUUUCACUUUAAUCCCCGGAUUGAAAAUUAUACUGCCUUGAACAGCCGCAAAAAUGGCAGCUGGCUGAAGGAGGAAACUGCACCCAUUAAACCCUUUGCUAAGGGAGCAGCCUUCCAAAUUAUUGUUGUUUUUAAAUCAGAAGGAUAUGAGGUUUACGUGAACAGCAAGAGCCACUGCACAUUUAAACAUCGCAUACCUUUUGAGAAAGUUUCCGCCAUUGGCAUACAUGGUGACGUUAACAUGCAGCUCAUUUGUUUUAUUGAUAGCUGGAAGAGCGUAUCCAUGAGUAUGUAAUAAUUAAGAAGACUAACACGUGCACAUGGAGCAGAAGUUCCAGAGACACACUUAAAUAAAUACUCGCUUUUUUGAAAUCAUGUUAACAACAUCUUGUUAUCAUUCUGUUUUACUGCUUGUGCAAACUUAUGCCUAAUAUGAAAACUACACUGUGCAGUUAAAAAAAAGUCACACUACUUUAAUUAGUCUAUUAAUUGUUUCAGUCCCUCAGUCCAAGAAACACAUAAACUUUCGCAUAUGAAGUAAUAGGACUAUGCAGUUAUAUUGUCAUUUAGCAUGUAGUUAACAUGUUUUCACCAUUUGCAUAUUUCAGACAAAUUUAUAAACAUAUAGAAGUCCCAAUAAUUCCUUUGGUAUUCUCUCUGCUUUGUCUAUAUGUCUAUAUGCAAAAAUGCAAAAAAAUUUGGUUUUUGGGGCUAUUAAUAUCAUGCGUGUUUAGUCUUGUUUUAGAAAAUUGGACACCUUGCUGGGAAACUGUGGGCAACUGCGCUUUGU